UCUCUGUGUGCUGCUGCUGCCGCUGAGGGCUGGGUUUUGCUCUCCCAGCCCUCUCCCAACACGAGUGCUGGGACCGGGAGCCUCGUCUCUGGGGAUUUGCCAUAACAGCGGAAGCUGCUGCUUGGUCGGAGUAUGUUUGCCCAGGACAUGGUGCAGGGUGAAGAGCACAGUUAAAGACGCUGCCACCACCCGUCACUCCACAGCCUGUCCCACCCUCCUGAGGACUCCAUGAGGCAGGACACGGGCUGAUGCUCUCACCCCACCAUGGAUGGGGGGAACAGCUUCCCACAGCACCAGCAGCCGGGCGAUGCCGUCCGCGGCAUCCCUGGCCUCCGCUCCCAGCUCGCCGUGCCGGAUGUGGAGAAUUCCAUGCUGGCCGCCGACUCAUGGAGCAGCUGCUACCCAGUCUCUUUCCCAACCUCAUCUUUCCCAAGUGAAAACCAGCAAUAUUUUAGCCCCCCUCAGGAUUUUUAUAUGGAUUCCAUCAGCAGACCACAUUUCUUGGAUACAAACUAUGCAGCUGUGGACCCCACUGACUUCUUACAAAAAAAUGGGGAUUUUCCUCAGGAUUCUUCAUACCUCGAUGAGCUCUCCAACAACAACUCCCUCUUCUCGUCCCCCGCGGAUUCCCUGUCGGACAUCGCGGAUCCCAAGGACUUCCUGCCCGCCGACAGCCUGAGCCACGUGCCAACGCUCUGGGAUGUGAACACGCCGCAGCAGAACCAGAUCGAGCUGUUCUCACCCAGCACUCCGUUCCCUGGCCUGAACAGCUCCAGUGACCACGUUCCUGCUGUCCCCAACACCCCACUCCUCAUCAGCUACCAGUCUCAGGCUCCUGCAGAGGAGGAAGAUGAAGGUGAGGAGGAAGAAACAGAAGAGUUGGGGCAGACAGAGACGUAUGCAGAAUAUAUCCCUUCAAAGUCCAAGAUUGGGAAGCACCAUCCUGACCUGGUGGUUGAGACGAGCACCCUGUCCAGCGUCCCCCCACCUGACAUUACCUACAGCCUUUCCCUGCCCUGCUCUGUGGCUGACAAAGGCUCCCUGUCUGCACUACAGCUGGAAGCCAUCAUCUAUGCCUGCCAGCAACAUGAAGUUUUAUUGCCCAAUGGGCAGCGAGCUGGGUUUCUGAUCGGGGACGGUGCUGGAGUUGGGAAGGGCAGGACCGUCGCAGGCAUCAUCUUUGAAAAUUAUCUUAAAGGGAGGAAAAAAGCUCUGUGGUUCAGCGUCUCCAAUGAUCUCAAGUACGAUGCUGAGAGGGACCUGAAGGACAUCGAGGCCUCCCACAUUCCUGUGCAUGCUCUGAACAAGAUUAAAUAUGGUGACACAGCUACCUCAGAAGGAGUCCUCUUUGCCACCUACUCGGCGCUGAUCGGUGAAAGCCAGGCCGGGGGACAGCACAGGACGCGCUUAAAACAGAUUUUGGAGUGGUGCAGGGAAAACUUUGAGGGAGUUAUUGUGUUUGAUGAAUGCCACAAAGCCAAAAACGCCAGCUCUACCAAAAUGGGCAAAGCAGUGCUGGACCUGCAGAACAAGCUGCCUCGAGCAAGGGUUGUCUAUGCCAGUGCCACAGGUGCCUCAGAGCCAAAAAACAUGAUUUACAUGAGCCGCCUGGGGAUCUGGGGGGAGGGAACCCCAUUCCGAGCCUUCGAUGAGUUCCUGCACGCCAUUGAGAAGAGGGGAGUCGGCGCCAUGGAGAUCGUGGCCAUGGACAUGAAGGUCAGUGGGAUGUACAUUGCUCGGCAGCUCAGCUUCACUGGGGUGACCUUCAGGAUUGAGGAGAUCCCUCUGGACGAGCAGUACAAGGCUGUCUACGACAAGGCAGCCAAGCUGUGGGCAGAGGCCUUGAUGGUGUUCCAGCAGGCAGCUGACUGCAUCGGGCUGGAGUCUCGGAAGUCGCUGUGGGGUCAGUUCUGGUCGGCUCACCAGCGCUUCUUCAAGUACCUCUGCAUCGCUGCCAAGGUGCGGCGCCUCGUGGAGCUGGCCCAGGAGGAGCUGGCCAGGGACAAGUGCAUUGUCAUCGGCCUGCAGUCCACGGGGGAGGCUCGCACCAGGGAGGUCUUGGACGAGAACGAUGGGCACCUCAACUGCUUUGUCUCUGCUGCAGAAGGCGUCUUUCUAUCACUAAUUCAGAAGCACUUUCCUUCAAACAAAAGAAAGAGAGAAAAAGGAACUGUCAUUAAAAGAAAACGGCGUCCGAGGGGCCGCUGCCCCAAGGCUCUGCGGGGCCCGUGUGACCAAGGGGUUGUCAUCAAGAUCAGCGAUGACAGCAGCACCGACUCCGACAUGGGGCUGGACAGCGACCUCACCUCCUCCCCGGAGUCCCUGUUAGAGACAGACGACGUCAUCUUCGUGGAUCACACGUUCAGCGAGGACAGGGGAGGUUUCCACAUGCUGCCUUCCCAGAAAGAGCUGCACGGCCUGAGAGAGCUGAAGGUCGAAAAGAUGAAACAGGACCUCCUAGCAAAAGUGAAAGCACUGGGCAAAGAGCUACCUCUCAACACCUUGGAUGAACUGAUUGAUUAUUUUGGGGGCCCAGAGAACGUGGCUGAGAUGACGGGCCGGAAGGGACGGGUGGUUCGCAGGCCCGACGGCUCCGUCGUGUUUGAGUCGCGCGCCGAGCAAGGGCUCUCCAUAGACCACGUCAACCUGAAGGAGAAGGAGCGUUUCAUGCAGGGGGAAAAGCUCGUAGCGAUAAUCUCAGAGGCCUCCAGCUCAGGGAUCUCCCUCCAAGCAGACAGACGGGUGAAGAACCAAAAGCGCCGGGUGCACAUGACCCUGGAGCUGCCCUGGAGUGCAGACCGGGCCAUCCAGCAGUUCGGCCGAACGCACCGAUCCAACCAGGUCUCUGCUCCCGAGUACGUGUUCCUGAUCUCAGAGCUGGCAGGGGAGAGGAGGUUUGCAUCCAUCGUGGCAAAACGCCUGGAGAGCCUGGGUGCCUUAACUCACGGGGACCGACGGGCCACCGAGUCCCGAGACCUCAGCAAGUACAACUUCGAGAACAAGUACGGGGCCAAAGCCCUGGACGAGGUCCUGCACACGAUCCUCAACCACGCAGAGAGCAGGGUUCCUGUGCCCAGGAGCUACAAGAGAGGGGAGGACAUCUUUUUCCAUGAAAUGAAGCAAGGGCUCCUCUCCGUGGGCAUCGGCUGCAGCCAGAUGAAGUAUGGCACUGCCUCCAUGGAGAAGGACUGCUCCAUCACCAAAUUCCUGAACCGCAUCCUGGGCCUGGAGGUGGACAAGCAGAACGUGCUCUUCCAGUAUUUUUCUGACACCUUUGAGUACCUGAUCGAGAAGGACAAGAAGGAGGGCAAAUAUGACAUGGGCAUCCUUGAUUUAGCCCCGGGAGUGGAUGAGAUCUACGAGGAGAGCAAGGAGAUUUUCCUGACCCCGGGGCACCCGCAGGACGGGCAGGUUGUGUUCUACAAGAUCAGCGUUGACAGAGGCUUAAAGUGGGAGGAAGCCUAUGAGAAGUCGCUCAAACUGACAGGAACCUUUGAUGGGUUCUACCUCUCCUACAAGGUGCGAGGCAGCAAAUACACCUGUCUGCUGGCAGAGCAGUGCCGUGGGAAGAACUUCAUCCUCUACAAGCCAAAUAUUGGGAAGCAAAGCCAGCUUGAGAGCCUGGACAGUCUGCAGAAGAAAUACCGACGGGUGGUGCCCGAGGAAGCCAAGGAGCACUGGGAGAGCAGCUACCACUUCUCCUUGAAGAACUGUAACCACGCCGUGUGGAACAAGAGCUGCAAGCUGAUCCAGGAGGGGAAGGAAUGCUUCCAGGGCAUGCGCCUGAGGCACUAUUACAUGCUGUGCGGGGCCCUGCUGCGCGUGUGGAGCAGGAUCGCCGGCGUCAUGGCAGACAUCACCAGCAGCAGCUACCUGCAGAUCGUGCGCCUCAAGACCAAGGAGAAGAAGAAACAAGUUGGGAUAAAGAUCCCCGAGAGCUGCGUGCACAGGGUGCGGGAGGAGCUGAAGCAGAUGGACGAGGACGUGAAGCGGAAGCAGAGCCGGCUGCUCCAGGCCCAGGAGCAGAGCUCACCCUUCUCCCUGCCACUGCACAUCCUGCCAGGGCCUGGGCUGCCCCUGCCCUCCCUGUGCCAGGAUGAGAUCCUGGACUUGACCUACAGCCCUCCCAGCAACAGCAUUCCUGACUUGGUGUUGAACCCAGAGACCAGAGAGCUCUGCUUCUCCUCGGAGCCCCCCCUGCAGCCCCAGCAGCAGCACGGAUUGUCCUUUGGCUUUGGCCACGCUCCUGGCCUGGAGCACAGCACAGCCCCCGGCCCCUCACUGCACGAGCCCCCUGCCCUGCUGCCCCCAGCCCCCCUGCAGCAGCCACAGGAGGAUUUUCUCCAGCAAGACGGGAAUAUCAAUUUUAGAGAGAUCCUGGAGGACAUGCUGAGGACGCUCCACGUGCCCUCCCAGGAGAACAUGCUGCCCCCGGAGCGUCAGAGCGUGAUCCAGUUCAGUGGGCCUUUCCCAGACUUCUGAAUGCCAGCUGGGAAUGCUGCUGUGGAUCUGUGUUCUCUGGUGCAGAGGUGAGAUCUGAGGAGCCCUGACUUUUCUACUGGUUUGGACUGGCUCUGCUCUGGUUUUGAGGGAAGAAAAAGCCUGGAGUUCUUAAAGCGAAUUUUAUUUAUAUCUAAUAUCUAGUCAGGCGUGUGCAGGUUUGUAUGGAACGUGCCCAGGGGGAGCUGAGCGGGUCCUGCUGGGCUGAGGGGCUCUGCUGGCUUGAGUCCUGCUCACAGGUCAGCACCCAAGUGGGACUGAGGGGAGACCCCUCCUGUGCCCACCCCCUGCAGACUACUGAGUGUCCGAGCCUUCCCCAGCCCUCCAGCCCAGGAGGGUCAUGGCCAGGCUCUGGAAUGACCUGCUGACCAUUGCUGGUCAGUUAGGGAAGAAUGGGAGUUCAGCCCCCAGCUUGGGCUGCCCCAGCGCUGCUGCGGACCCUGGGGCUGUGCUGGGAUGAAGGGCAAGGGAAUGUUGUCCCAGAGGAGCUGGGAGAUGCUGAGCUCAGGUGUCCUCUGGCAGGGCUGAGCAGGUGUAGUGAGAGAUCCAAAACUGCCUGUGCUGCCCUUUUGGGAAGGGACCUUGAGCUGCCUGAGCUCCAUGGGAGUAGCCAGAGCUGGCUGCAGCCCACGGACAGAGUUCAGCCUGUCAGAGUUCAGCCACACCAGGAUCAGCAGGAUUCUCCAGAGCAGAAGUGACACAUGUCCCCUUGUCCUGCACUUUAACCUCACCAGGUCGCCGUGACCAGAUGUGCUUUGGCCAGUUUCCUGCUGUCACAUGUUGUCCCUUCACCUGGACGUCUCGCUGGUCCUGCCACUGUCCUUGGCUGGGCCAUGGACCCCGCUCCAGGGGUCUGGGUCAGGGCAGCCCAGCCGGGUUGUGCAGUGUCAUUGUCACUGCUGGGGUGUGGUGUCUUUGCAGUGCCCAGGAUGUGCAGUGUCAUUGUCACUGCUGGGGUGUGGUGUCUUUGCAGUGCCCAGGAUGUGCGGAGUCACUGUUCAGGGUGUGCAGUGUCAGUGUCACUGCCUGAAAUAUGCAGUGUUGUUGUCAUUGCCCAGGACGUGCAGUGUCAGUGGCACUGUUCAGGGUGUGCAGUGUCACUGUCACCGCCCGGGAUUUGCAGUUUGGCUGCUCCUGCUGCAACCUCCCCCUCGGAUACCAAAGAACAAAGGCUGCUUUGCAAAGCACUGCCCCACCCCCUGCUGCCUCCACCCCAGGACAGAGGGCAUCAAAGCCUUUCCUAAAAGUGGCACCGGGAUGAUUUCAGGCAAGAACCUGGGACCAUCCCUGGCUGGCCUGGCCCUUCCUCAGAGAGCCCUUGGGGAGGGGGGUACUCUGUGCCCUAACAGGGCAGUCUUGAGGGGGCUUCACAGUGCCUGCUCCUCUGGGCAGACACUGUCACCCCCAUGUCCCCCCAGGGCUCAGGGACUGGCCCAGUGCCCUGUUUGCCGUUGGGAAUUGCUCUGGGUCCAUGUCCAAGUGUUGUGCUCUGGCUGUGGCAGGAGCUGACCCCGACACCCCGAGGUCUCAGACCUGCCCUGCUGCCACACAAGUGGGCUCAGUUUGAGGCUACUCUGGUCCCUGAAUUUCGUUUUGGGGGGGCCUGUCCUUACCCCCUCCCUAGCUGGCACCAGCCUCUUAGCACCAGGCCAGGCUCAAUCCCCGCAGUCGGGGCCACAUUUCACCUCCUUACCUCAAAGUGAUCACCAAAGAUGGGGGAGCCACCUGUGCCCCCCCAAAGCCCUGCUGCUGCCCCGGGGGCUCCUGCUCUCCCCCAGCUCUGCUUCUCUCGACCCCAGCAGCCUUCCCCAGGCCCAGGCAGAGCCAGGCUUCCCCUCUCCACACCCUCCCCUAUUUAAAGCACUGCUUGCUUGGGGCCGAAUUCCCAACAAUGAGGGAAAAGAUCGCCGGGAAAACCCAGCUCAAAGAGGUUUAAACUCAGGAAUAGCAAGGGGGAAUUCCCUGCUGGACACCCUCUGCUGUCACCGGAGCCUUAACCUGGUGGCUUUGACCUUAACUUUAAAAUAUAUGCAAUCUUCCCUCCCCGCUCUCUGGAAAGGCAGAGACCACCUUCAAGGAAUCCCUUUCCUGCCCCGAUCCCAUGUUUUGUCAGGGUUAAUAAUAUGUAAUGUUACCUUUUAACUAAAUUAUUCUGCAGUUGUCCUACUGAUUGUAUUUUUAAUGAGUCCCUGUUUUCUUCCCUGACACCUUUGUGUUGGCACUUUUUAAUCUGCUUGUUGUUUGCCCUUGUUUCUAUGUAUAUUUAUAAUUAAGUUGUAUAUAUGUAAAGAGAUUUUUUAGAAUAUGUGCCUUGGACUAAUAAUUCCUGAAUUUUCUACUUGCCUCAGAAGGAUAAUUUUUCACUCUGCUCAGUAAAAAUGGAACAGAAGCCACA